AUGCGUCCUUUCACCCCCAUUUCCAGACACCGGUCUGGUCCGCCACCGAGAACGGCGACGCCCAUCAAAAGCAUCCUACGUCAGACAGUCCUGGGCCGGAGGAAAGCUGACGAAAUUGAGUUCGAUGACCCACCUCCGAGCCCAACAAAGAGGCGGAAAGUACUCAUCAACGAAAUGAAUAACCGCGUCUUCGAGUUUGGUAGUCGCUCAAUGGACGAGGUGAACUCGGAAGUGAGGAAGGCGCUGGAGGAGCACCUCAUGGGCGAGGAUGAGGACUACGACAUGCUCAAGGAGAUUUUCGCCAACGACAAGCAGCGAUACCUGCCACCCGUCGCCGGAGAAGACGAAGAUACGCUCAAGCCCCAAGAGCUCAAGGGCUACGUUCUGGCGCUGACCAGCUGCGUGCCGCUAUUGAAGAACAAGGCAUGCAAUGGCCUCGUGAAGACGGUCUUGCAGGUCUCGUGGCUGGGCCGAGACGAGGACUUCUUCAAGGUGUACAUCCAGUUCCUGGCCGCCCUCGUCAGUGCCCAGGGAUCCUAUCUGACGCAUGUCUUGUCCAUGAUUGUGGAAAAGUUCUCCCACUCCAGACAAUCUGAGUGGGGCGUCGCCGAUUUCCCUACCGUCAGCCGAACAACGAUGCGCGAAAGGCUACACACCGGCCUUCAGUACAUUCUUCAAAUGUUCCCCGCGGCCACGCCUGUUCUCCGCGGCCUACUCGAAACCAAGUUCCCCUUCGACGACGACCCGAAGAAAAUGUUCGUAGCCUAUGUCAAUAACCUUUUGCGGUUGAAGGAAUACGCGGGAGAUUUGGACCUCGAAAUUGUCGACGUGCUGCUGUCACGACUGGUUAAGAUUGAUGUCCAGAUGCAGACGGAUCUCGACGACCUCGACGACGACCUCACGGCAUCGGUUGCCUACGCACUCAGCAAGUCUCUGGAUACCGGCUCAUGGGAGGGCGAUGAGGAUGCUUCGGACGAGGACAGCGACGACGAGUCCGUCGACAGCGAUGAUUCCGACUUUGAUGACAAUGAAGAAAAGAUUCGAGUGGUCAAGGGCAAUGUUGAAAAGCUGGAUGCUAUCCUCGAUACGCUGUUCGCCCAUUACACACCCCUCUUCGAAAACCCCGACUCAGAUCAAGCCUGGGAGCGGUAUGCCCUGCUCGUACAGUCAUUUGGAAAAAUCGUGCUGCCGACGUACAAGUCCCGUCAUACACAAUUCCUCCUUUUCCACUUUGGCCAAAUGUCAGCUCGCUUGCGCGACACCUUUGUCGGCAGUUUGAUGCACAUCUUUGGUUCGCAAAACCGACCGAGCUUCGUGCGUCAAGCGGCGGCAACAUACCUCGCCGGAUUCAUGGCGCGAGGCGCCCAUGUGCCGUCCGACUUGGUGCGCACAGUGUUUGCGCUCUUGCUCAAGCAGAUGCAAAUCUACCGCCUCAAGCACGACGCGGACGCUCGAGGACCGGAUCUGAGAAGACACCAGAUCUACUACGCACAAGUACAAGCCGCGCUGUACAUGUUCUGCUUCCGCUGGCGCGACUUGAACGUGUCUACACCCGAAUUUGUCGACCCAGAGGACCCUGCAUCAUAUCUCGGUCACGAGCUGGAGUGGAUGCAAGGGAUGAGAGAAGAGCUUUCUGCCAGCGUGUAUUGCAAGAUGAACCCUCUCAAGAUCUGCGCACCGGCUAUUGUCGAGGAGUUUGCGACACUAUCACACAAGCUCGGUCUUAUGUACAUCUUCCCACGUGUUGAGGAGAACAAGCGGAUCAGACUGUCACAAUUCGUGUCAGAUACCUACGGAACAGGUGGCGCCCUCCGAGAUACGGGCUCGGGGGCGCAAGACGAGGAAGCAUACCAACUCGACCCCUAUUUCCCGUUCGACCCUUACCAGCUGCCUGUGAGCAAGCGAUGGGUUCAGAACGAUUACGUGCACUACCAGGCUAUCCCGGGUCUUAACAUGACGGCCGAUAGCGACAGCGAAGACGACGACGACGACGAGAACAUUCCGGAGACGGACGUUGAAGAGGACACUGCUACCGCCAGUGAGGAUGAAGACGACGACUGA